UGAGUCUACUUUGGACAAAAGAGAGAUAUAUAUAUAUGCAGCCUUCGCAUUGUUCUAGGUGGUAACUUUGUCACUACUUUCAGCCAAGGAAUGAUCUAUGUAACAACAUUUGCUGGAUACUUCUGUUCCGUUUUGUAGCUCCGUUAUAAAGGUACCGUCAUCUUUCGGCACUGUUGGAGCCACCGCAAGCAAUCCUCGGUAGUGAGAGACCUGUAAGAGAGGGAGAGAAGAGAUCGGGGAGAGAAGAGUGACCAGUGGUGUGGGCAGAGAUGGGAGAACCAGAGUCCCUUAAGUUUGUCUCUCUGGAGGAGGAGGUGGACUACUGGAAGGAACAGACAAGCAAGCACCAACAGAGGGCUGAGGAGGUGCAGGAGGAGCUGCAGGAGUUCCAGCAGAUGAGUCGUGACUACGAGGUGGAACUGGAGACUGAACUCAAGCAGUGUGAAACACACAACCGAGAACUCGUCACACAGAACAACCGGCUACACACGGAACUGGAGAACUACAAGGUAUGACCUGUUGACUUGACUCUAGUUUAGAGCAGCGUU